GUGUAUUCUACUUCGAAUGAGUUUUCCGGGGAAAAAAAUAUUACGACAUAAGUUUACAAGUGCUGUGAAAGACCCACUGACGCAGAUUGACACACUGUGUGCUAGAAAGAUUUUGUAAUGUCAUCGGGAUUAUUUACCUGUAUUUCGUGCCGUGUGGGGUUUCAGGACGGCAACCUACAAAGGGCUCAUUAUAAGACCGACUGGCACAGAUACAACCUCAAGCGCAAGGUGGCUACUCUUCCUCCCGUGACAGCUGAGGUGUUCCAGGAGAAAGUUCUCUCUCAAAGGACUAAGGUUGAAGAAGAACAGAAAGUUACAUCCCAUAUCUGUCAGUUGUGUAGCAAACACUUCAGUUCUGAAAAUGCCUUCCAAAACCACAUCCAAUCAAAGAGACACAGGGACCUGGUCAGCAAAGUGGAACGACAGGAUGGUGAACCGAGUCAGCAGGGAAGCAAUACCAUCAUUUCAACUCCAAAACAGAAGGAUGCCAUAAACAAACAGAUAAAGCAGGAGAUGGAGAGGACACAGAGGCGGAGUGAAGAGGCAGAGACACAGGAUUUAUCCUCGUCUGAGGAGGAGUGGGAGGGUGAGGCUCUCGGACUGGAGGAGUGUCUAUUUUGUUCAUCAGUUAGCUCCUCAAUGGAGAACAACCUUAAUCACAUGUCUGUCAAGCAUGGAUUCUACCUUCCUGAUGCCGAUUUUCUAGUAGACUUAGAGGGAAUGGUUUCAUAUCUUGGUGAGAAGGUUGGAGAGGGCCACAUGUGUUUGUGGUGUGGGGAGAAAGGAAAGACAUUUCAUAGUGUUCAGGCGGUACAGAAACACAUGUUGGACAAGGGCCAUUGUAAAAUCAACUUUGAUAGGGACGCUGCUCUGGAAUUUGUCGACUUCUACGAUUACAGGAAGAGCUAUCCAGAUGGUGGAGACGUUGCCAUGGAAACGGAUGAUGAGGUGAAAGACCAUGUUUUGGAUACUGAAGGAUAUGAACUGGUUCUCCCAUCAGGUGCUACUAUUGGGCAUCGGUCACUAUGGCGAUACUAUAAACAAAACCUUCCACAGAGGUCAUCAGAGGGGUCAUCCACAGUGAUUCCCAAAAUGCUGGCCCAGUACAGAGCUCUUGGCUGGACAGGAGCCUCAGGUGAAGUUGCACAGACAAGGGUUAAAGACCUGGCAUACAUGCAGAGAAUGAAAAACCGACAGCAAAUGAAACUGUCAACAAAGGCUAACAAGUUCCAGCCACACUUCAGAAGUGACGUUGCAUUUUAAAGAUUCUAACCAACGUAUAUAUAACCUAUCAAAAGGAAGGAUAGCAAAAAAAAAAAAAUGGAAAAAAAGAACAGUUUAAUAAUUUUGGCUGUAUUGAUUAGGAGAAAAUAAUAAAGUAUGAACUCACAAUC